CUUGGAUUAGGGUGGGGAGGAGCUGCAUAACAGGCCAUCUGCAGGCUCCUGGAGACGGCAGAGCCGCUGAGAAAGGGCUUCCCUCGGACAUCCUAUGCGGACGGUUGGGAGGACUAAGGCAGCAGCUCCCUUGGAUUUGUUCACCGGGGAAAUCAGAGACAAUGGCUUGGCUCCUUUUCAGAACCACAGGGGCUCUGGCCUUUUUACUGGUGGUCCUUUUGGUUCAUGGAGAAUUGAGAAUAGAGACAAAAGAGCAACAUGGAGAAGAUGAGACAGUGGAACAACAAGCCAAAAGGAGAUACAAACGAGAAUGGGUGAAAUUUGCAAGACCCUGCAGAGAAGGAGAAGACAACUCGAAAAGAAAUCCAAUUGCCAAAAUUACUUCAGACUUCCAAGCAACCCAGAAAAUUACCUACCACAUUUCUGGAAUAGGAAUUGAUCGGCCCCCUUUUGGAAUCUUCGUUGUUGACAGAAACACUGGAGAAAUUAACAUAACAGCCAUAGUUGAUCGUGAAGUAACCCCAAGCUUCCAGAUUACCUGUCGUGCUGUCAAUGCCCUAGGACAAGAUGUAGAGAAACCACUUAUACUAACCGUCAAAAUUUUAGAUAUAAAUGACAAUGCUCCAGUAUUUUCACAAAGUAUAUUCACGGGUGAAAUUGAAGAAAAUAGUGCUGCGAACUCACUGGUGAUGAUCCUAAAUGCCACAGAUGCAGAUGAACCAAACCACCUGAACUCUAAAAUUGCCUUCAAAAUCGUCUCGCAGGAACCUGCAGGCACACCCAUGUUCCUCCUAAGCAGACACACGGGGGAAGUCCGUACGUUGACCAGUUCACUUGAUCGAGAGCAAGUUAGCAGCUAUCAUCUGGUUGUGAGUGGUGCAGACAAAGAUGGAGAAGGACUCGCAACUCAGUGUGAAUGUAGCAUUAAAGUGAAAGAUGUCAAUGAUAAUUUCCCAACGUUCAGAGAGUCGCAGUAUUUAGCACGAAUUGAGGAAAACACACUGAGUUCUGACUUGCUUCGAUUUCAAGUAAUAGAUUUGGACGAAGAGUUCACAGAUAAUUGGCUUGCAGUGUAUUUCUUUACCUCUGGAAAUGAAGGGAAUUGGUUUGAGAUACAAACUGAUCCCAAAACUAACGAAGGCAUCCUGAAGGUGGUUAAGACUCUAGAUUAUGAACAACUACAAAGCGUGCAACUUGGUAUUGCCGUCAAAAACAAAGCUGAAUUUCACAAAUCAGUAAUCUCUCAGUAUCGAGUUCAGUCAACCCCACUCACAAUUCAAAUAAUAAAUGUGAGGGAAGGAAUUACAUUCCGUCCUGCUUCCAAGACAUUUACUGUCCAAAAAGGCAUAAGUAGUAAGAAACUGAUCAAUUAUAUUGUGGGGACGUAUGAAGCCAUUGAUGAAGAUACUGGAAAAGCUGCCUCAUUUGUCAGAUAUGAAUUGGGACGUAAUGAUGGUGGUUUGCUAAUUAUUGAUUCAAAAACUGCUCAAAUCAAAUUUGCCAAAAACAUUGAUCGGGAUGCUACUUUCAUAGUUAACAAGACAAUCACAGCUGAGGUUCUGGCCAUAGAUGAAAAAACGAGUAAAACUUCUACAGGCACCAUAUAUGUCCGAGUACCUGAUUUUAAUGAAAAUUGUCCCACAAUUGUCCUGGAAAAGGAAACAAUCUGUAGUUCAUCACCUUCUGUGGUUGUCAAAGCGGUAUCACUGGACAGGGGGAGAUACAGUGGCCCCUACACAUUUUCACUGGAGGAGCAAACUGUGAAACUGCCAGUCGUGUGGAGGAUCACAACACUGAAUGCCACCUCCGCGCUCCUUCAAGGCCCGCAGCAGGUGUCUCCCGGAGUGUACAGAAUCCCCCUGGUAGUCACAGACAACCAGGACAGGCAAUGCGAGACACCGGAGAGCCUGACUCUGGAAGUCUGUCAGUGUGACAACAGGGACACCUGUAGAACUGUGCUUCCGACCAGAACCCCUUGGAGCGGCCCUGGAGAGAGUUCUGGGAGGCUGGGCGCUGCCGCCAUCGGCCUGCUACUCCUCGGUCUCCUGCUGCUGCUGUUGGCCCCUCUUCUGCUGUUGACCUGUGACUGUGGGACCGGUCCUAUUGGGGGAGUGACCGGUGGAUUUAUGCCAGUGCCUGAUGGUUCAGAAGGAACAAUUCAUCCGUGGGGAAUCGAAGGAGCCCAACCUGAAGACAAGGAAAUCACAAAUAUCUGUGUGCCACCUAUAGUUGCCAAUGGAGUUGAUUUCAUGGAAAAUUCUGGAGUUUGUACAAAUACAUAUGCUGGAGGGACGGUGGUGGAAGGAGCUUCGGGAAUGGAACUGACCACCAAGUUUGGAGCAGCUGCAGGAUCUGGAGCCGCUGCAGGGUUCGGAGCAGCUGCUGGGCUUAGUGGCUAUUCCGCAGGACAAUCAGGAACGAUGAGAACGAGGCAUUCCACGGGAGGAACCAACAAGGAGUAUGUGGAAGGGGCAAUAAACAUGAACUUCCUCGACUCCUACUUUUCUCAGAAAGCAUUUGCCUGUACGGAGGAAGAUGAUGGCCAGGAAGCAAAAGACUGCUUGCUGAUCUAUGAUAACGAAGGAGCCGGUGCCCCUGGUUCUCCCGUCGGCUCCCUGGGUUGUUGCAGUUUUAUUGCCGAUGAGUUUGAUGACAGCUUCUUGGACUCACUUGGUCCCAAAUUUAAAAAACUUGCAGAGAUAAGCCUUGGGAUGGAUGAUGAAGCCAAAAACUCUCAACCACCCACCAAAGAGAGCGGUUCUGGGAUUGAAUCCUGUGGCCAAUCCGUACAAGUCCAGCAGUCAGAAUCUGUUAGGUACCAGACUUUGUCAGGCAGCCAGGGAGUAUCUGCUUUGUCUGCUUCUGGCUCUGUCCUCCAACCAGCCAUUUCCAUCCCUGACCCUUUGCAGCAUGGUAGCUAUUUGGUAACGGAGACUUACUCGGCUUCUGGUUCCCACAUGCAACCUUCCACUGCAGUCUUUGAUCCACUUCUCACACAAAAUGUAAUAGUGACGGAAAGAGUGAUUUGUCCCAUUUCCAGUGUUCCUGGCAACCUAUGUGGUCCGACGGAGCUACGAGGGUCAUGUAGUAAGAUCUGUACAGAAGAUCCUUGUUCCCGUCUGAUAUGACCAGAAUGAACUGGAAUUACAUGCUGGCCAAAUAUGGAUAUUUGAAGCAAAUUAUUCAAAAUAUCAUAGCAAAUCUCACAGUAUUGGUCUGAAUUGGCACUUAUUUGCUACUCUCAUAAACUGAUCAUGAUUACAGUCUAAAUUGCCUAGUUCAUAUCCCAAAACUGGAUGUGUUGUCACUCUUGCUUCUCAUAUACUAUUCAAGUCCCAGUAAAUCAAUGUUUUUCAAAAAAUCUCAAGAUCAUAUUCAGUGGGAAAAUUUCCUAAUAAUUUUUAAACUUCAAAUGUCAUGUGUUUUAGUGGAUUAAGUGCUUGGAGCCAAGAGCCCCAGUUCUUGAAUCUUUCACCUUUUCUUAUAUCAUAAUUAAUGAUAUAAAAGUCAUAAGGACUUUGCCAAAGCAUUUUGAGCUGCUUGGAAAAAAGGAAGCAGUUGCAGUUGAAUUUUUGCCAUCUUCUUGGUGCUGGGAGACCCUAGGUACCCAUCUCUUGCUCAAGCUAAGGGUAUUGGUUUAUGCAUUAAACUUGCUGCAUCUAUAUGCCUCAUAUUCUCACAAUAGGACGAUUUUGAAAUAGAAAUAUCACAGAGAAUUUAGGAAAGUUUAGUAUGGUGUAAAUAUUUUGUGUUUUUUUAAAUCACCUUGAAAGGAUCUACUUAAAGAGAAUAUUUUACAUUAAGCUCCUCCCUACACACUUCGCAGUAACAGUAAUCCUGUGUGAAUAGUCUUUGAAAACUACUCUUUAUUUUUCAAAUAUCAGUAGGUAGAUGUAACUUACAUAUGACAUAUAGUGAUGUUUAUCAUGUUAAAAAUGUCUAAAGACUUCAUGGGAAUACAAAAUGGCUUUUCUCAUAAGCAAGAGAGGCCUCUGGCUACAGUAACACAUAGUGACAUCUGUGAAUGUGUUUUAUAUGCAGUGUUUCAGGUUAAAAAAAGGAUACAGAAAGGAUUAUCAGUAACUCUAUUUUAUUAAGUCUCACUCCUUUUAAAUUAAGCUGCUACCACAAUUUAAUUCUUGAGCAUAACAAUGUUAGGUUAGUGACGGCUUAGAAUAUGUCAUUUCAUGUGUGUUACCCUGAUGGCAACGCAGUUCUUCAAAUCAUUUCUGACCAUUCAAGGUCUUCAGCCUUUAGCCGAUAGAGAACACCCUACCUCUUAUCAACUUCUUUGUCUUAGCUGAGUCUUUACAGGGUCAUUGUCUGGCUCUAUUAUCUCUAAUUGUACAUAAAAUACUCCUUUCUGGUUUUUGCCAUAUUCAAAACCUAUAUUUGUUUUCCAGAUGGAAUGAAAAGUAAUAAAGUGUUUGUGUUCUAACCCAGAAGGGUGCAGUCCUGAGGAUUGCUGGGGGGGAAGAAACCCCCUAAAUGUCCUUACAUCUAGCAUUCUUCCCUCUCCCGGGCGCCAUGACUACCCAGAAGGCAUGUGCUAGGACAGCCUGAGAAGCACAGGCAACUUGUUCUUCCAAGACUAGGCAGCGAUGGCAACAGGCCUGCAGGGUGCCCAUCUGCAGUGAGGGGAACUAGGGCCUUUGGAGCAGCCUGCCAGGUCCUGAGGAAGUCACCUUGCUAUUACCCCUGGGGCCUCUUCUCAACAGAGGGGCCUUGCUCUGGGAUCUAGAACACACAGAGUUGACUUGUGACUCUCUUUAUGCAUAAGAAUUAAAUUAAUAAUCAGAAUAAGCCUCAUUAGAAGUUCAGAGGUUUCCGGGAUCCUCAAGGUAUUUUAACAAUGCCGCUUAAAAUCCGACUUAGGAAAUGAGAAUUUUGCUGCACUGUCAAACUGCAGAGGAAACUAUGCCAUAGUAGUAAAGUCUAACAUGGGACAAAUUGAAAUUAAAGGAGUUUUAAAAUAAAAAUAGAUCAAUCUUGUCUAGGAGGACCUACAAUUGAUUUGCCACGUAAAUGAAAUUCAAAGCAAAAAUGUAUCUGUAUUUUUUCACUAAAAAUAAAAAUUGUUUUGAACAGAAAAACUUUUUUAAAACUGUCAUUUGACUUGUAUUAUAAAUUUUAAACAGUACAUAUUAAAACUUUAACAGUGUAACACUGUUAUAAUAAAACUGUUUGGCAACAAA